UUCAUGCACUGACUGUGUUGUCCUCCUGCUAUCUGCCGCACAGGGAGGAGGAUGCUGCAUCCGCGGGCCUAUUAUCGUCUUUUGGCAGCAAUCAAGUGAAAUUUAGUGGAUGCAAAAAGUGUCACAGGAAUGUAAGAUUAGCUGCAUGAUCCCCAGCUCCCUUUGAGGCACUGCAUGCUAUUGGUGGUGUCCGGAAUAUUCAGGUCCAUCCUCCAGCAGCGAUAUCAUGUAUGUUAUUGUAAUAGCGUUAUUGACAAGCCAAGUGCGUGCAGUGUGUGGUGGCAGUUAUUGGUAAACAGCAAACCUAGUGGAGACCAAGAUGCUACAAGGCUCCAGUAUCUUGGGGCACGAGAGGCCCCUGGUCAUCAGGGUAUCAUUCAGCGCCUGUGUUGUGUGUACUGUGUGCCUACCACUGCUUGGACUAAUAACCUGCGUCUUCAUAUCCUCUGUUUUUCAUUACGAGGACUCUACUGGUACACAUUGCCGGGUCCCUAAUUACCUGCCAUCCAUCAGUGCCUCAAUAAGCCUGAGCCCUGAGUGCCACAUAUGGCGGUUCUGUAUCGGACUGCACUCGGCUCCGAGGCUCCUGGUGGCGUUUACCUACUUCAAAUUUUACAAGACGCGCUUUGCCUCGAGGUUCCCGGAGAGUUUACUCAGUCGCUUCAGCCUGGCCUUUUCUGUUUGUGAAAACCUCGGCCUCUUGCUGCUCACAUAUGUGUCGUCAAGUGAAACAUACUUUGUACAUAAGGAAGGCUUUGUGCUCUUCCUUGUCAGUUCCCUUAUCUACAUGCUGAUAACCUGCCGUUUAUGGAAGACUAUUAAGAAGCAUUCCUUAAGUCCUGAGGAUGCCAAGUCUCACUGUUGGAAAGUGCGCUUCUUACUUCUCAACAUAUCCUUCUGUGCUUUCGCCGGAUUCUUUUAUUGGAAACACAACAUGUACUGCGAAUCGGGGAGUUACACUUUAUUUGCCCUCUUUGAGUAUCUGGUGGUUUUCUCCAAUAUGGCCUUCCAUCUCACAGCAGUGUGGGACUUUAAGAGCCGUGAGGUCAUGGUCAUUUCGACCUCUGAAGAUAAAGACUUCUGACUAGAAACUCAAGGACUACGUGCUGAAUACACCACACAAUCACCUGAUGUUAACAGCCUGGAUACGGCACAAGGGGAAGAGUGGGAUGAAGGCCUUUUCCACAUAUUUCCAUGAUGACGGCUCUUAAGUCCUUAAAGGGUGUAGAUGUCAGACUAGCAUAUGUGCUUGUCUGUGAGCUGGAAGUGCUUUUUUUUUUUGCCUCAGUGUCUCAUUCACGGAUACCUUCACCUACACACAGUACAACAUUUUAUGUAAUGUGAAGUUUUAACUUUUGUACAAUGCACAACAACAAGAUGUGGUCUUACUGUAUGUGUGCCAAAGUAAAGUGACAGUCCUUCAACAACUGCAUGCUUGGUCUACAUUUUGAAACACAGUCAGCAGUUGAAAUCAUGCAGCACUUCUCUAAUGUGAAUUAUCUGUACUACAUGUGACCAUACUGCCCUGUAGUUAAUCUGCAGCAGGUAUUAUGAUCACACAUCACUUACCUAACUUUGAGCCGAAAGUUCAUGGUGCUGUAUAAAAACCCAGUGGCCCAGUGGCCAUGUCCAAAGGCAAAUCACCGUAAUGUUUCUUUUAGAGUUCUAACAGCAACUACUGCACCUUAGUGAAUGUAUUUGACACAUUAUUUUCCUUUAUGUUAUUUUAUGCACCACUUAGCAAGUUGUCCAUCCAUUUUAAAUGAUGGUGUUUAGAUAUGAGUGUAUA